CCGCAAAUACUGAUUAAAACAUGAACCCCUACCGCUUCCUCUGGUUGGUACAUCCCUGAACUAUGUACCGCUGCUCUUGCCCCCUUGGAGAAAUAUUUUGCCUAAACACCCUGGGGACAAGAAACAGGCAGUGCUCUCGACAUGACAACAGCCCGACCAACCACAACCAUCAUGAGCAAGUUCAUUCUGAUCGCAGGUCUUUGUCUUACCUUUGGCAGUUUGGGUUUGUCAUCUAGACUGGUGUGCUAUUUUACUAACUGGUCCCAAUACCGACCUGGCAGUGGGAAGUUUAUGCCUUCAAACAUUGAACCAAACCUGUGUACUCACUUGAUCUAUGCCUUCGCUGGUAUUAAUGAGGCAAAUGAGUUGAGCACCAUUGAAUGGAAUGAUGAUGCCCUGUAUAAAUCUUUUAAUGGACUCAAGCAGAGGAACCCCAACCUUAAAACUCUGUUGGCAGUGGGAGGCUGGAACUUCGGAACACAAAAAUUCACAACAGCGGUGGCAACACAAGUCAACAGAAAUACAUUUAUUCAGUCUUCUGUCAAACUUCUGAGAAAAUAUGGUUUUGAUGGACUUGAUUUGGACUGGGAAUACCCCGCUGCAAGAGGAAGCCCUGUGGAGGACCAGCAGAGAUUCACGUUGCUAUGCAAGGAGCUGCUACAGGCCUAUCAUGCUGAGGGAACAGCAACUGGUCGGCCCAGAUUAUUGGUUUCUGCAGCCGUGGCGGCCGGCAAAGGAACUAUUGAUGCUGGUUAUGAAAUCGGAGAGAUGGCUAAGUACCUGGACUUUAUUAGUGUGAUGACUUAUGACUUUCAUGGCACCUGGGAGAGUGUGACAGGACACAACAGCCCUUUGUACAAUGGAACCCAUGACACGGGAGACAGUGUUUUCUUAAAUACAGACUUUGCCAUGAGAUAUUGGCGCGACAAGGGAACACCUGUAGAAAAGCUCAAUAUGGGCUUUGCCACGUAUGGGAGGUCAUUUCGACUAUUGACUCGAUCCAGUCAGGUUGGAGCACCAACCAGUGGUCCUGCUGCUGCUGGUGGUUUUACAAGGGAAGCCGGCUUCUGGUCCUAUUAUGAGAUUUGCACUUUUCUUGAAGGGGCCAGUGUCCAGCUAAUUGAGGAUCAGAAAGUUCCAUACGCAUUCAAACAAAAUGAGUGGGUUGGCUAUGACAACAAAGAAAGUUUUCAGACUAAGGUCCGAUACCUAAAGGAAAACGGAUUUGGAGGAGCUUUUGUCUGGACUCUGGAUCUGGAUGACUUUAAUGGACAGUUUUGUGGACAAGGAAACUACCCUCUCAUCAGCCACCUACGCUCUCUACUCGCCGUGGAAACCCCCCAACAUCUAGUAAAUCCAUCUACAAACCCACCUCAACCUGCAGCAGCAGUCCCUUCUUCCAGCAACAUCCCAGACAAUUUCUGUGCAAGACGGGCUGGUGGAAUUUAUGCCAAACCUGAUGCCCCGGGUUCGUUUUACAGUUGUGAAAAUGGCAUCACCUGGAUUAUGCACUGUCCAGCUAAUUUGGUCUUUCAAGAUAGCUGCAAAUGCUGUAACUGGCCAUAAAUAUAAAAUAAAAUAAAAAAUCUGAUCCCAAUUCAAUAAAAGUUUGACUUUUAGAAUUUUAUCUGUAGCCUGAAUGGACCUGUCUGGCAUCCUGUGACUCCUGAUGAUCCCACACGUUAUAACAACACUGUGCCCUACCUUAAAAGACCAUAAAUGUGUCUUUUUAAUGCAAAGCACCACAGGAAAAUGUAUAGAAACUGUUCCACGUGCCUUGAGUGGAUAUUAUACACACACACAGAAAUCCACAUUGUAUGUAUGUAUGUUAGAAUGUAAAGAUUUAACUGACAGAUCACAUUUUUUUUCAAAAUUGUAAACAAAGAAACGUUGACAACUGCAAGAAGUGUGUGUCCACCUCUUUAACUCCACAUGAACCCAUCAGUGUUACAAAGAUCUACAGACCUGCCUAGCAUUAUGCCUAGUGCUUGAAGUGCAAAACAAGUGUACUCACAUUAUUUACAUGUUGGCUUGUGUACCAGAUCUGCAAUUUUACUUUUACUUUACUUAUUACAUAUUGAAGCCUGCUAUACUGUCAGUUGUCAUUAUACUUGGCUAUGCAUUUUUAAAAAUAGGAUUACAAGGCAUACUAGUAUAAUUCCCACAUAAAACAUUUUUAAAUCCUUUUAAAAUAU